CGCUUGUUGCCAACUUCACGUCAGUCAUUUUCAGUCAUUUUGUUCGGUGGUUGAUAUUUCAUGGUCGACAAAAUCGUAAAAUAUCUUCGUCAUCUGCAGUUAAUUUUUACAGUGACAUUAUGAGUUCUGGAAUGCCCGAAUUGGGCUCUAAGAUAAGCCUAAUAUCUAAAGCAGAUAUUCGAUAUGAAGGCCGUCUUUUCACCGUCGAUCCUCAAGAAUGUACCAUCGCUUUGGCUAGCGUGCGUUCAUUCGGCACGGAGGACCGCGAGACGCAGUACCCGGUAGCGCCCCAGAGCCAAGUGUACGACUACAUCCUGUUCCGCGGCUCCGACAUCAAGGACAUCCGCGUGCUGAACAAUGUCCCGUCGCUGCCCAACGACCCGGCCAUCAUGCAGAUGUCGGUGCCGCCGUCGCUGGGCGGGCCGGGCGCGCCGCCGCCGCAGUUCCCGCAGUACUCGCACCCCGUGGUCGGCCAGCAGCAGUUCCCCCAGUACCACCCCAUGGCGGGCUUCCCCGGCGUGCACGCCUCGCUCGGCAAGACCAGUGAGUUGUCCGCGGAGCUCGCCCCGCAGCCGUUCGCGCAGCCCAUCGGCUCUGGCCUCCACCACAACCAAGUCAAAGACCAAGGUUCGAUGCUUGAUCUGAUUGGCGGAGGAGCUCAGCGGGACUCGUCAAGGUCCAACACCCCGGCCCUCGGAGGGCACAGGAAGAGCCCUACUGCUGACCAGGGUACCCAGUCGGUGCAGGUGGGCGCACAGCGGGACGCGCGGCGCGGCUCCAACCCGCAGCAGAAGCAACAGCAGCCGAGGAACAACUCGCGGAACCGGCAGAGGUACCCGAGCGGCGGCGCGGGCGGCGCGCUGCAGCAGCCGCAGUCGUCGGCCCCGCACCAGCAGCAGCACCAGCAGCACAACCAACAUCAGCAGCACAACCAGCAUCAACAGCACAAUCAGCACCAGCAGCAUAAUAAUCAGCACCAGGGAGGAAACGGUUUCCCCCCCGGCUACAACCGCGGCGGGUGGCGCGGGCGCGCGCGCGGUCGCGGCCGCGGCUUCGUGCCGCGCGGCGCCAACAAGCUCAAGUUCGACAACGACUACGACUUCGAGCAAGCCAACACGGAGUUCGAGGAGCUGCGCAGCCAGCUCGCCAAGGCCAAGAUCUCUGAUGACGUGAAGCCAGACACGCUGGAUGCUGUCGCUCUUGUAAACGUGGAGGUAGACAAGAAGGACGACUCGGGCAACGAGACGGGCGCGGGCGAGGCGGAGCCCGAGGACGACUGCGCGCCCUACGACAAGACCAAGAGCUUCUUCGACAACAUUUCGUGCGAGGCCGUCGAGAGGUCGAAGGGCCGCAGCCAGCGCACGGACUGGCGCACGGAGCGCAAGCUCAACUCGGAGACGUUCGGCGUGGCGUCGGCGCGGCGCGGCGCGUGGCGCGGCCGCGGCGGCUGGCGGCACAACCCGCACCAUCAGCAGAUGAACUCGUUCAGUUGGCGCGGCAUGCGUGGAGGCGGCCCGCGCGGCCGGGGCUCGCAGCAGCAGCAGCAGCCGCGCCCGCGCGCCGCGCCGCCCGCACCCGCCCCGCAGCCCGCCGUGACCGCCAAGUAGGAUGGAGAUCUGACGCCGCGCGUACAGUGAAUCUUAAUUUAUUAUCGCGAGGACCUGUUAGUAACACAUGGAAAAGUAACGGAAAAGUGUCGGUGAUUCACGUGUUAAAUAAAAUGUUAUCGAUAAAAAAAGUUAAAAGUAAUUGCGGGAAGUUAUAAAGUGGUGAGGUUUCAAGAAUGAAGGACAUUGCUUUGGUUUGCUAGUGUUGUAUCCAAUAUAUGGAAGGAGUAAGAAGGAAAUUCCCGUAAUGAAGCGAUUGAACAAAGUACGUCCAGAUAUCAGCGCUCACAGUAGGAUAAUGUAAGUAUAGAGCGAGCGAGCAUUGGCAUCUACUAAAUUGGUUGAAAUGUAUAGUAUAAUGUCACAAGUCGACCCACUGAAUACGAUAUUAGGCUAAAUUAUGUGAUUGUAGCAUGUCGAUGCCUUCGCGAAGUGAAAAUGUGGACCCCGAAUAAAAGACGCCUUCUGUAAAUUAUAUCCGAGGCUACGACGCGAGGAGUCCGACAUAGUUAAUUGAUAACUUUAUUUAUGCCCAAUGAAUUUAUAUAUUUUCCUAAAGCUUAUCACAGUUACGCGUUGAUGUGCCUAUAAUGUUGUAACGAAGUUAGAAGUUAUGCCGACUUUUAUUCUCAAGGGUCAUUGCACUUCCAUUUUAUUUUUUUUAUUUAGUAAGCAAUGACUGUCGGUCGUGAUGUGCCGGCAGCCCUGCGGCUAUUGUAAUGAAAGUUAGUGACGGUAUUCGUGUUUUAUUGACUGUCUUUUUAAUUAAAUGUUAGGUGUAGUAUCGGUAUGAGAGCAGGGCCGCCGGUGGUCUCAAUGGCAGGGCCAUUUACUGUAAUUAUUUGUAAGGUCGCGACAGACUGUAACGAUUGUUUAGAUAUUUAUUUGAAGAGCGCCAGAUCUGGCGCCGAGUGUGGCCGCGCCUCCAACUAUCUCAAGUGUCUGCACUCAUUUUAAUACGUAGAUUUGUUACAGUAAGAAAAGGCAAACUGUAUUAGAUUUGUUUCUCAUAACUUUUUUUUGGAGAUUUUCAAGACCUUUUCUAGUUGAAAUUCAAAAUCUAUCUUGACUUACGACUCAAGACACCAAUAUAUUUGUAAAAAUAAAUCUGUAACUCGAAAACUGUACCUGGUGAUUGUAUUAAUAUGGAAAUAUACAUUUACUACAAAUCUUCCAAA